CGUCCAAUUUCUGCUAAAAUUACCACAUAUAACAUAGACGCCAUAUUAUGUGAACAUAGAGCCAAAUACACAUAUUCUAGGUAAUGAAAAGCUUAAGAGAUCGGAUUUAUAAUCAAGUAGACUAUUAUGUGAUCGAAUGAAGUGAAAAUCAAAAGGAAAAGUUUUAAAUAAAAAAAUACAAACUCGUAUGUAUUAUGAAAUGUGUGUGAUUGUGUCAAAUUAAAGCGAUUCAAUGUUUAAUUUAGUUUCGUGAUAUCAUGAUUUUACAUAGAUAAUGAAGAUUUCAUACUUGUUUGAAGUAUAUAUUUUAUACGUAUGUACUAAAAGGAUCGAUUCUGUUGAACCCAACGCCAUUGUUACUGUAAUUGAGCAGCCGACACCAGUGCAGCAGACGAAAAGUCAAGGCUGCAGACGAAAUGAGAAACACCCGGAUGACAAAGAGUUCCGUAUAGCUUGGCUCGCCCCAGCAAAAGAAUUCUAUAACUUAAGUGCUGCAACAAGUACCGGGGCCGUAAAACUCGCCUUAGUUAAUAUUGUUCAAAAUGAUAUUCUGAAAGGAUAUACAGUUAAAGCAAAAUGGUAUGACUCUAAAUGUGACUCUAAACACGCCUUGGCAGCUUUUCUUGACUCUGUCGAAACAUAUGACCCGGAUGUUAUCAUGGGACCUUCGUGCUCAACAGGUCUUCUUGGCGUUGCACAGAUAGGCUCAAUCUGGAAUCUACCGGUGUUCAGCUGGGUGUCAGACCUGCUCGACUCAAAAGAGAAGGAUAAAUACACAACUUUGAUAAGAUUGUCAGGUCCUCUUUAUUCUCUUGCUCAAACUAUGCGACAGGUUGGUUUGUAUUUCAAAUGGCAGAAAUUUGCCCUGAUAUACGACAAGCAAGCACCAUACGAGGCGGUGGCCGUGGCCUUGAGAGGAGCAGCCGUGCACAUGAACUAUACCGUAAAGAGCACACAUUAUAUUUCUGGUGAAACCACUGAUGAACACGUUGUAUCCAUAUUAGAACAAAUUAAGAAAUUUGCAAGAGUCAUCAUUUUUGUUGUACCUUGGCAUACAUUACGUCGCUACUUAUUGCUGGCCCAUGAGUUAGGUAUGGCUAAUGGAGAAUAUGCGUUUGUCUGCAUUCAUGGUGAUUUAUAUACCUGGGAUGUGUUGGACGGAAAAAUCUUUUCGGACUGGGGAUGGAGACGCAAUGACGAACAUGACGAAAAAGCGCGGGAAAUAUUCGAAUUCGCCAUUCACGUUAUAACAGUGCCAGUUAAGAAACCUAAGUACGUGGAUUUCAAGAACCUCGCUGAAAAUGCUGCUAUAAUUGACCUGACAGACUGGGAGAUACCUUUCAAUGAAACAGACUCGGAUGCUUAUGCGCCAUAUUUAUAUGACGCAAUGAUGACGUGGGCAACGAGUGUGAAUUAUACUCUGGAACAUGGUGGAAACCCAAGAGACGGAGCACAUAUAUACAAAGUUAUUGCGGAGUCCAUAAAUAUAGAAGGUGUUACCGGGAAUAUUGUUUUUAAUCUUCCCGAGAUGGAACGGAUGAUGAACUAUAGAGUGUUGGAUAUGAAUGGCAAUGGAACAUUCUACAAACUUCACGAUUUUAUCUAUAAGCCGGACUGGAAGAUGAAAUUUGAUUAUGACAAUUAUGAGAUCUUUCAGAAGCGUGGACGCUGGCUUACACCAACAGGUGCACACCCGCCUGAUAUACCAGUUUGUGGCUUUGAUGGCGAAAAGUGUGAAGUAAAAAUAUACAACAACAGUUAUAACAGUGCAAUAAUUGGUGCAUCAGUGUCUGCCUCGGUCGUUUUUGUUUUAGCUAUUGUUGUUCACAUGAUGUUAAGGCGUUACCGCCGACAGAUGAACCUUCAAAGUAUGCUGUGGCAAGUUCGAUUUGACGAGAUAGACUUUGUAACAGCAUGGAUAUGCGGCAGUCUCCGGAGCAGUUUCAAAACUCUUCGAAAACCGUCUUCGAAAACGCUUAAACGAAGGAGGUGUAAUAUAAGUGAGAAAGAAAGCAAGGCUAUUAGGCAAAUAAGAUCACAAAAUGGUAAAAAAGGAUCACCAGGUGUCCAUUUAAAAUCAUUUGAUGCGAGCGCCAUGUUUGGAUCUGUGGCCAUUGUUAGAGGUAAUUUAACGUCUGUGAAGAAGAUUAAUAGAUGUUACUCUAACCUUACGAAAGGAGUUCUGCAAGAAUUAAAUCAGCUAAUGGAAAUUAAGCACCAGAAUAUAUGCGCAUUUGUCGGCGCGUGCGUAGAACCAAAUCGUGUAUUGUUGAUUUGGGAGUACUGCGCAAAGGGAAGUUUACAAGACGUCAUCUGGAACCAGAACAUCAAAUUAGAUCAAAUGUUUAUGUUUGCAUUAAGUCAUGAUGUCUCUAAGGGUCUCGAGUAUAUCCACAAGGGUCAGAUACAUUUUCAUGGCAAUUUAAAGAGCACGAAUUGCGUUGUUGAUAGUAGAUGGACGUGUAAACUAACAGAUUACGGUGUACCGACAAUAAGGGAGAUGGGGAGAAUAGCAUCUCAACAAGCAAACGAAGACAUUCAAUAUGAGAAAAUGUUGUGGAUGGCACCCGAGUGUUUACGAGAAGGAAAGGACAGACGUGUUGAUAAACAGAAAGCUGAUAUUUAUGCCUUAGGAAUCAUUUUAAAGGAAAUAUUCACUCGGUCCUCCCCAUACACGGAGUAUCCAUUUCUAGUUGCUCAUGAAAUCAUUGAUAAAAUAAAAUGCCCAAAUGAAGGAGAGAAAGUUUUUCGACCCAUGUUGUCCCUGCAGUUACGUCUACAUUCAGAGCUGGCCACUCUAAUAAUGGACUGCUGGAGCGAGGACCCGUCCUCAAGACCCGCUGCAGCACGUGUUGGUAAACUUCUGAACAAAAUUCAUCCACAAAAUUUGUCUAUGAUAGACAACAUGAUUGCUAUGUUAGAAAAGUAUGCCAAUCAUCUUGAGGAACUUGUAGCUGAGAGAACAAGCGAGCUGGACGCAGAGAAAGCAAAAACAGAAAAUCUUCUAUAUAGAAUGCUUCCACAAACGGUUGCAGAGGAGCUUAAAAUGGGCCGACCAAUAAAAGCGGAACAAUUUGAUGAGGUCACAUUAUAUUUCUCCGACAUUGUCGGGUUCACUUCAAUAUGUGCCAGCAGUACGCCUAUAGAAGUUGUCAAUCUUUUGAAUAGUUUAUAUACACUAUUUGAUGCCAUAAUAACACGAUAUGAUGUUUAUAAGGUGGAAACUAUCGGUGAUGCUUACAUGAUAGCGAGUGGAUUACCAAAGAGGAAUGGGAAGCGUCAUAUUAAGGAAAUAGCCGACUGUGCUUUAGACAUAUUAGCCUCCGUAUCUACAUUCUGUAUACCCCACCAACCGGACAAGAAAGUCAAAAUACGAAUAGGUAUACAUACUGGUCCAGUUGUAGCCGGUGUUGUAGGGCUGGCAAUGCCAAGAUAUUGUUUAUUUGGAGACACAGUAAACACCGCUUCAAGAAUGGAAUCUACCGGUCUUCCUUUACGUAUACACUUGAGUUUAACAUCAAGAAAUGCAUUGGAACAAUACCCUGGCUACUAUCUUGUUUGUAGAGGUGAAAUUCCUGUUAAAGGAAAAGGAAACAUGAGGACAUACUUCUUGUGUGGAAAAGAAGGAUUUAAAAAAGACCUUCCAAAUUGCGAUGAAAACGUUGAGAGUGGGCAAGGAGGAAAUCGUGUAUCUCUUACUUCAUUGAACUCUAUGGCAUCGCUAGUGUCAUCCCCUUCUACGUGUUAUUCAUUUGUAUCAAAUUGCGCACCAACAUCAAAAACUUCGCAAAUAUCAAACAUUUCUAACAUUACACGAAGUGUUUCGAUACACAAUUAUUCAAAUGAUUCAUUGACAGAAAAGAAUAAAACAGUUGUGACAGAAAAAGCUCAGUGUGCUGGAGUAGACAAAAACUCAAAGUCAAAACAAACUUGUAUACAUGAGAACACGCGCUUGUGACACCAAGCUAGUUGAAAAUUCAAAAAUAUCUUCUGGAACAAGAUCUGUAAUAGAUGUUUUAUUGAGCUCAGUUUCACUGGUGCUGUUUCGUUUGAAUUAUUUAUGUUAUACAAAUGUAUCUGGUCAAUAUUAUUAAAGGCGUUGUAUUAAUUAUGUUAUAAUGUGCAAUUAAAACUGAAAGAGCUGUAACUUAGACAAUUAGUUUAUUUAAGUGAAUCAAAUAAGAUUAAAAUCAAUGAAUGAAGUGAGCUUUUGUCUCAUUGAAUAGAUUAUGUUAACGUGGGUAACUAAUUAGAUGUAUAAGGGAUAAAAAUUUAAAUAUAAACAUUUGAUAAUAAUAUAUUAUUUUACUGACAAAUGUU